AUGAUUGAUGCUUAUGAUGUGCUUGGAGUCGCCUUGGACUGCAAGGAAGAUGACAUCAAGCAAGCGUUUCGCAAGAUGUCACUCCAGAACCAUCCAGACAAGGUGGGUGGAGGCGUUGACGCGACGAAUAAAUUCAAUGAGAUCAAGAAUGCAAAAGAGAUCCUCUCCGACACCGAGCGGCGGAAGAUCUACGACACCUUCGGGGUGGACCUAGGUGAAGAACGACCGGAGAUGGAAGUUUGGUCGAUUGGCAUGAGCACGCUGCUCAGCCCAAUGGGCGGAUUCGUGCUGAAGACGAUCGUGGCUCGCAGCGUGCUGUGGCUGGUCGACUGGGUGUGGAUUGGCCGGUUGCUCAUGCUGCUUGGGCUACUCGCAGCUGGCUGCUAUGCUAUGGACAUCAAGUUCGGAAGCUUCAGCGCCCGAUCGGAAGAGGCACUAUCAAUAUUCAUGAACUUCUUCGUCAUCGACGUUGUGAUUAUUCUCAAUUGGCUAUGGCCCCUUCUCGCAGAUGCAGUGUGUGUUUUCUACCUCGUGGCCGAAAUAGUCAGCGUCCAAAUCCUCAUGGAAAGUUGGAAGAUUGGGGUCGGCGUGGGCUUCUUUUCCCUGUUCUUAGCCUGGCUGGUUCGCGGCUGGUGGCGAUGGAUAGUGGGCUUGGAGAUUCUCCUCGCAGUGGUGCUUCUGAUUGCACUAACGAUCUCCUCGGGGAUCGUGCGGUUGUGGAUCGAUUCAGUUUUCACCCAGCAUGGCGAGAAGCUCAAGGAGUGGCGUAUCAACAUGCGAGCGAAACGAAGAGAGACGGAGGCGGAGUUGGACAAGCUCCGGAAGAGAGUGCAGACCCUCGAGGAAGCCUUGAGGCUGUUUGUCCUUACACAGAUCGCCUAUGGUGCCCUAGACUUAGACGGCACUGGUAAGUAUGAGAGCGUUUUCUGGUCCUCCGAGAAGUGGUUCUGGGAGGUGAAGGUCAAAGACCGACAAAGUGAGCGGCUAAUUUUCCUGGGCGACUAUGCCGAUGCCGAUGAGGCCGCCAAAGUGGCCGACUGCGCCGAACUGGCUUUGGACCAGAUGUAUCCGCCGGAAAAUGGACGGCGAAACUGGAGAAGACACCCGGUUGUGAGGAAACCUUCCUAA